GGAUAUGCGGAUCAGCUUGGGAAUGGUUCGCUUCCUACCUGGAAGGACGCUCAUAUCAGAUGCCACAGCUUCUGACCGGAUCUCUGCAUGUCUGGCAGAAAUUUCAUCAUGGAUGACUGCUCAUCAGUUAAAGCUUAAUCCUAGCAAAACUGAGCUGCUCUUCAUCCCAGGUGAUUCAUCCCCAGGUCAUGAUCUUGCUAUAUCCUUGCACAACGAUCUGAUCUCCCCUUCAGCCACAGCUCGCAACCUUGGGGUAACCAUGGACAAUCAACUGUCCUUUUCCUCUCAUGUUGCUAAUGUGACUCGCUCAUGUCGGUUUCUUCUCUACAACAUUAGAAGGAUUCGACCAUUUCUGUCCACACAGGCUGCUCAGGUACUUGUUCAGUCUCUUGUCAUUUCUAGACUGGAUUACUGCAAUGCACUGCUGGCAGGUCUACCUAUGAACGCAAUCCGUCCUCUGCAAAUGAUCCAAAAUGCAGCUGCCCGGCUUGUUUUCAACCUGCCAAAGUUCUCUCAUACCACCCCGCUGCUGCGAUCCCUCCACUGGCUUCCGGUAGCUGCACGCAUCAGAUUCAAAACACUGAUGCUGGCCUACAAAGCCAAAAAUGGACCAGCUCCCUCUUACCUCAAAGCCCUCAUCACUCCUCGCACUGCACCCCGCACCCUCCGAUCUACCAGCACUGCUCGACUGGUUCCACCAUCUCUCAGGCAAAACAGCUAUGUAAUGUGA